GUGGACCUGGCAGACGUUGACUGUGUGGUAAACCAUCCAGCUGAUCCUCGGCCCAAGUCAUCCUCUAGUUAACUAUUUCCUUCACCUAUAAACCUCAUCACCAACAAACGUACAAUCUGGAUCUCUUGGGAUAUUGUAAAAUGGGCGCUAAUGCCUCUCAGCUGGAGAAGGAGAUAGGGGCUGAUCAGUUUCCUCCAAAUGAACACUACAUUGGCCUCGUAAACUUUGGUAACACAUGUUACAUAAACUCUGUACUUCAAGCACUAUAUUUUUGCAAGCCAUUUCGGGAAAAGAUCCUAGAAUACAAAGCCAAAAAUAAGCGGACAAAAGAAACACUGCUGGCGUGUCUGGCAGAUCUGUUCUACAAUAUAGCAACACAAAAGAAGAAAGUUGGGAGUAUAGCACCCAAAAAAUUUAUAGCCAGAUUCAGAAAAGAAAAUGUUAAGUUUGACAACUAUAUGCAACAAGAUGCUCACGAAUUCUUUGUUCAGUUAAUAGACAGCAUCAAUGAAACUAUCAUAGAAAAACAACUAGCCGGUCGAAGUAGACAACAGGGCGAGAGAGUGAAGCAGGCAGGUUUAGGUGGGCAACAGGACAGUGGUGGUGGAGGGGGGAACAACCAGCAACAAGAUAAUACCUGGGUUCAUGAGAUCUUCCAGGCAGUUGUCACCAGAGAACUCAAGUGUCUUAACUGUGAAGCUGUUCGAAGCACAGAUGAGGUGUUAAACAACUUAUCAGUUGAGGUCCACCAAAACACAAGUAUCACACACUGCUUACGAUGCUUUUUCUCCACCGAGACCAUUAGUGCAGAAACAGUUCAAUGUGAAAACUGUUGCUCCCUCCAAGAACACCAGAAACGCACCAGAGUUAAGAAGCUACCAACGAUACUCGUCCUCCACCUCAAAAGAUUUCAGUUUCUGGGUCAAUAUAAUCGCACGUUAAAACUCUCUCACAGGGUUGUCUUUCCACUAGAACUACGUGUCUUCGACACAAGUUCAGAUGCUGUAAACCCUGACCGCCUGUAUGACCUAGCAGCUGUAGUGGUUCACUGUGGCACCGGUAUCAAUAGAGGACACUACAUAGCAAUUGUUAAGUCGCACCGGUUCUGGUUACUCUUUGAUGAUGAUGCUGUUGAUAAAAUUGAUCCUUCAGUUAUGGAAGAAUUUUAUGGCCUAACGUCAGAAAUACAGAAGUCAUCAGAAACUGGGUAUAUCCUUUUCUAUCAGGCCAGAGACCCAACGUAACUUUAAAGGAGUCGCCAAAGAAAGUGGAAUCCGUCUGUCAUGUCCAACCGGUUCUUCGGAGGCUGGCGAGCAGCUUUAGUCAUGUCAUAAAGAAGGAAAAUUAGGUAGAGAAAGAAAGUACAGGAGUUUUGAGCAUUGUGUCCAACAGGGGUUGAGAGUGGGUGUGUAAUAAAUGUAUUCAUCUAGUUCAGGUUUAUCAUAGAAUGAAUGCACCCAUGUACUACUGUACAUUGUAUCUGAUCUGAAUAGUUAUUUCACAAAUGUUAUUAUACUGUAAUGUAUUGAUUAUAAUGCACAUUGUAAAUAAGAGUUUAUCUGAGAUUCUUUACAGUCUAUUGUAGGUGUAAGAGCUGGAGAAUUCUUGAUCAACUUACCUUAAAGAACUAUUUCACCCCUGUUAACUUAUCCCUUCCUUCACUUUCUUCUGUUUUAAGACAUUUUUGUUAAUUGUGUGAAUCAUCAUGUUCCCGGUUUCCUAAAUUCUUAUUUACAAAGCAGUUCAUAUAUAAAUUGAAAUUUGAUUAUGCAUUACAAACUACUCAUACAGAAUGAUCUAUUUUAAGUACAGUAAUACAAAAUGCCAACAGGUGGUGAUUAUUCAUAAAAUUGGUUUCUUGCACAUUACCAUGUGUACAGAGGCUACUGUUCUGUUAACUGGUUUAUUUUACAUAAUUAGGUUGAGUUGAUUCAUGUUAGCACUAUUGGAACCUUUGACAAUAAGGAGGAUGCAACUCGUACAAACUUCAGAACCACACAGGAUCCAUCCAAUACUCCAGUGUACUGUAGUUGUUUUGUGAGCAGAAUUUGGUAAGCCAGAGUUUUGACUUUGUAUCAUGGUAGAUUUUGAUACAAUGCUUAUUUCAAGGUUUUUAACAUGAAAUGAAUGGUGAAUUAUUAUUUAUUAUAAAAUAUGUGUAUCUUGAAUCAGCAAAGUUCUGGUCAGGUAGGUCUUGGGUCAUGGAGGUUAAGGAUUGGAUUGGUGUACCACUGCAGAAGAAAAAAUUGUAUAUACCUGUAUGUAUACAUAUAGUUUGAAGUGCUCAGUAUAUUGAAUCAUUGAAACAAUUCCCUCUAAAUUUUUUAAUAAUGAAAAGUUUAUUUAUUUGCUUCUUGAAAGGAUAUUGAUGAUUCUUGCCAGUCUAACCUCUGUGAUAUCAUAAUGAUUAUUUUACAGGCUGGAACAGGGUCAUGGUGUAUCCUUCAGAGGAUCAACUAAACCUUUUCGGAGGCAGUUGUACUGUUUUCUAAUUAUAUAUUUCCCACUGUUAAUGCAACACAGUUUAUUGUAUAAUGCUGUUGAACAGUAAGAAAAAGUUGAACA